GCUUCAUCUCCAUAUACAUACCAAACACUCCAAGACUGCUUCCCUUGGUAUGAAUGGCCCAAGGGUCAGUGUUCAGGUAUCAGGUUACUUGAUUAGCAAUGAACCUGGACCACUUGGCCUAGAGAGCGCACAAUAAAAGAGGGAGCUAUGCACUGCACCACAGUUUUCUGAAGAAGAAUGAAGCCAGAAGCCAAUCCCAAGAUGACGAUUCUCAGUUCUCCUGUUGGAUUGAGGAGCAUCAUCAACUCCCUAGUUGCCUUCUCCAUCAUUGUUAGCUCCGUCACCUUAUUGUUCUACCAAGGCCAGGAAGGGCAGGUGCCAAUGGUGAUCGAGCAUGAACACCCAAAAAUGCAGGUGCAGAUGGCGGCUGAGCACCAUGAACAACUGAGAGUGACGGAAGCACCUGUGCCGUUGACAGCUGAGCUCCCAGAUGCCAGAAAGGAGGAAUGCAAUUGGUCGACAGGACGGUGGGUGUAUGACAAUUUGUCCCGGCCAUUGUACUCUGGACUCAAGUGCUCCUUCAUCUUCCCUGAGUUGUCAUGCGACAAAUAUGGCAGGAAGGAUGUCAUGUACCAGCACUGGAGAUGGCAACCUUAUGGAUGCGACCUUCCUAGAUUCAAUGCCACCAGACUGCUUGAAAAGCUGAGAAACAAGAGAUUGGUGUUUGUGGGCGACUCACUCAACAGGAACCAAUGGGUUUCCCUGGUGUGCAUGGUGGAGGCUUCUAUACCUGACAACAGGCUCAAGAUGCGUGUUUUCAAUGGCUCACUCAUCUCCUUCAAGGCAUUUGAAUACAAUGCGACAGUAGACUUCUACUGGUCGCCGCUGCUGGUGGAGUCCAACAGUGAUGACCCCAUUGUCCACCGUGUGGAGUACAGGAUCAUAAGGGCAGACAGAAUCGAGAAGCAUGCUAAUGCCUGGAGGGAUGCUGACAUCAUUAUCUUCAAUUCUUACGUGUGGUGGAGGAAGCAUAAGGCUGACAUGAGGAUGAAGGUCAUGUAUGGUUCAUUUGAGAAUGGUGAUGCAAGGUUAGAGGAAGUAGAAAUGGUGGAUGGUUUCGAGAUAGCUCUCAAGAAAUUAACCGAGUGGCUGAGUGAGAACAUCGAUAAGAACAAGACUAGAAUCUUUUUCGCGGGAUCAUCACCAACACAUUCCUGGGCUAGCAACUGGGGUGGAGUGGACAGGAACAAAUGCCUUAAUGAGACAGAACCGAUCUACAAAGUUGGAUAUAAAGAGGCAGAUUACAGUAUGAUGGAGAAGGCGAUGUCAUAUUUUGGGACGCUGGAGCAGAAGGGCAUACGCGUCGAUAUACUGAAUAUCACCGAGUUGUCUGACUACCGUAAGGACGGGCACCCGACGGUGUUCAGGAAACAAUUCGCCCCUCUGACAAAGGAACAGAUGGCGAGCCCAGCCAGCUACGCGGAUUGCACGCACUGGUGCCUCCCGGGUGUUCCUGAUGUCUGGAACGAGUUCUUGUACGGCUACCUCAUGUACAAAUGACCAACUACGCCAGUCAGAGUACGUACAUAUAUGAAUAUAUGAAGUGCAAAUGGC